AUGUCAUCCCAUACCCUCCCGAGGUCUUUCACUGUCGAACGCUCGGAUUCUCCAGCAUCAUCAUAUGGGAGAGCGUCGAUGAAGAAACCUCGACCCAUCCUUCGAGACUUGCGAAACACUCUAGCACUGCAGGCAACCGAGGGCAGCCGUGAUAGUAUCGAACAAGGUGUUCCCUUUGACACUUCCUCCUUCUCCGUCACAGAAAGUCCCUCCUCCCCGGAACGUCGUAGGCACCACCGCGGAAAUGACAAGUAUCAAGUCAGCCCCAUUGCCCUCCCUGCUACUCCGCAUACUGUACCCUCACUCAACAUAUCAGGGUACACACUCGUCGAUGCGCCUGCCUGUCACGUUUCGAAUCGUGAUACAACCGCUAAAGAAGAAAUUAUUCUCAGUCACAAGCAUAGCUCAUCGAUGAUCGUUUCAGAUUCUGAUCGUGGAAACCCCAAUAUCGAUAACAAUUCCUUCUUUCUCGAAUCCAAACAUGCUACCAUCCAUCACUGUACCAAACCGUUCAAUCCGUGGAAAGCUCCGCUGAACCGUCGCGUCGUCGAUCAGAACGCCCUGGUCUUCACCAUCCCUCCGUGCUCUCCCACAUUCCCACUCAGCCCACCUACUGCAUCAAGCUCUCCGAUGUCUGACCUUCUUUCCAAACGUUCUGGUAGGAUGUUCAGGCUCGUCCCAGCUCAGAAUGACCGCUUCGUGCAUGUUGUUGCAACCGACCUGACUGAUGACCGCAUCGAAAGCCCGCUGGAAAGUCGUUGCUUGUCCUCCCCGACACAUGUCGGUUUUCCUCCCGAUAUGCUCGCACUGCUUCAGGAACUCGAUGAACUUGCUAGUUGGGUCCAAGAUUUUCCAUACCCUGAAGAGGCUUCAGGGGCACUCGACAUCCUCACCAUUGGCUCGACUGUAGCUGUAUCAUGUCCGCAUGCGCUGCGACGGCUCGACCAAGGUGACCGUUUCCUCCAACAACCCGUGUUACCAGACAAAGAUGAUAUAUCCGAGAAGUGCCAGUUUCAUUCGGCCAUUCCACCAGCCAGCACACCUGUCACACGCAGGCCAUCAGUCCGAUAUAUAUACGAGCCUCAGGGCACACCAUCAUUCCUGGUUGGUAGUUCUACCUCACCGGUUGCAUACCCCGCAGAAGGGUACCGGAGUCCCCCUCGGGAAGUCAUCGUAUCUGGUCUAUCUUCCAUCACCAGUCUCAAUGCAAGCACCCCUGUCAUCCGAGCAUGCGGUCGCCGCUCCGUACCCAAUGUAUCACCCCCGCCCUUGGUCUCUCCACCUACUGGCCUGACCUCGUUCAAGGCGUUCUUCAAGAGGUCACGCUCCAAUACAAUGUCAGUGCCCCAAUCAAACACGUGCGGGAGGGAGAAGAAGAAGUUCGGGUGGCUGAAGAUAUAA